GCUACCCAUCGGUCGGAAGAAAUGGGUAAAAACAUGAAGUGGGCAGGCGUUGAAAGUAGAUUGGAUCCCCGCCCGCCUCCGGAAGCGGAGGGAGGAGGGACCACCACUCGAUGCCUGAAGCAGGAACGUACUCUGGGAGCCCGCGAGGAGGAUGCCGGGGCGACCACACUGCUCAACAGGUGAGGAGGAGGAGGCCGGGGCGACCACACUGCUCAACUCAAAACGAAUACCCAACCAUAGGAAGGUUGGGAAAAACGCUGCGGCGGCAGCCGGUCUCCAACCGCUCGGGGCCCGCCGCUCGCCGGCAGCAGAGGUUCCGGCGGGGCCGCCGGCCCGGAGCGUCCGCGUCUGGGCGCGAGGACUCGGACGCCGGAAAGGGGAACGGAAAGAAUUGGCACAAUGCCAAACAGCAUAUGUUGGCCAAAACCGAGGGGGAGGAGGAGGAGGAGGAGGAGGAGGAGGAGGAGGAGGAGGAGGAGACCAGAGGAGGAGGAAGGGAAGCAGGUGGAAGAGGCCGGAAUGGUGGGCUAUAUGGCAUCGGCGAGCGAGUAGCUGGAGUGCUUCGCUCACGGCGAGUUGAGAGCAUGGCAUCUACGGCCAGGCACAAUAAGGGAACUCACAGUGCGUGCCUAGUUCAGGCGUGUCGAUGUGCCACGAUAAAAGAAAAAGACAGGCGAACUCGACAGUCAGGCUUCUCGCCGGGCAUCCCGGUUCGCUGCUGCUGCCCUGUCGGUCGCUUGACCAGAAACAACAGAAAAAACAUUAAAAAGACAGGCGAACUCGACAGUCAGGCUUCUCGCCGGGCAUCCCGGUUCGCUGCUGCUGCCCUGUCGGUCGCUUGACCAGAAACAACAGAAAAAAAAACAUCUGAAUCCAGAAUAUAAUACAAUUUUCCAUUUUUUGAGUUACAUGGCAGCCGGCACUCCGCACGCGCGCGCGCGGACGCGCGCGCGCGUGGGGAGAUCUGUGUUGUCCACAAUAGAAAAGCCGGUGCGUCCGUCGGCCUUCUUAAAAGGCCACAGAAAGUUCAAAUUUGGUUUUUGGAAUUGACCCCUCUCGGUUUUCCGGAGAGGGGGAGGGGUGGGAGAGGGUUUUGCCGCGGGGAAGGGGGUGGAGGUCCAGCAGGGGA